UCUACCAGCCCAAAAUGCCAGCUGCAAGGAGAGGAAUCAGGGAGGCCGGUAACCAGUGAAUGUGAAAAAAAGUCGACAUUGUUUGGAGCAGCAGCGCUGGGUCAGAACGACACGAAAGUGUUUCUCAGCAGCAAAUGUUACCCUUGGGGCUGGAAUAUAAUUAACUCCUGCCUACUCCUUCCCUCUUCCCGGAUGCCAUCCAGCAUGCCAGCAGCACACAGAGGCUUCUGUGAARUCUCACUGCCAGCUCUGAGAUUUUCCAGCAGAGCCAAAGGAAUGAGGAUCCUUGUGCUUGUUUUUAUUUUCAUCUCCCUGGCCCAGCACGGUAAGAGCAGGAAGGCCUGGGGGGAUGCUGAUGGGCCGGAGAGCUGUAAGCACGGAGGGGGCUUGUGCCGAGUGGGGACCUGCAUUUCUGGCGAGUACCUGGCUCAGUUCUGCUUCGAGCCCAUCAUUCUCUGCUGCAAAAAUUCAUCACCUGCCUCCACAGAGAGCUGAAGGUUUCCAAAGGAGCCAGCUGCAGCAUGUGAAGAGCUGCAGCCUCCACUGGCAUGGCCAAACAGCUGCUGGGAAAGAGAUUUUGGGGUUUCUGUGACUGUUGCUCCCCCAGGAGGACACGGCUGUGGAUUCACUCAUAAACUCCUCAACAAUUUGCUUUUGCUGUGACUUUUUAGGAAACAUUGUGACAAGAAGAAACUGGGGCCACCCAAAUUAUUUGUCACACUUUYGGGAUUCUGUUGUCUGGCAUGUACAGAUGAAAAAUUGCCUUUCUCCUUACCUGAGAGCAAUAAACCUGAGGUUUAACACAACAGCAAGUGCCCACC